ACCCGCUUCUUCUCUACAACACAGUCUCUUUUCCUCUCCAUCUCUUUCCAUCUCUCUCUCUCACACACACACAAAGACACAAACACAAACCAAAAACCUACAAAAAUGAAGAAGGCCACAACAUUGUUGUUGGUCCUACUAAGUGUUAUCUGCUACACUACUGCCUCAUCUGUCCCUGAUGGUCUAUUACCAAAUGGUAACUUCGAGUACGGCCCGAAGCCGUGGCAGCUCAAAGGCACAGUGGUGACAAGCAAAACUGCCAUUCCGAACUGGGAGAUCUCAGGCUAUGUGGAGUACAUUAAAUCAGGUCAGACACAGGGUGACAUGUUAUUAGUCGUGCCAGAGGGAGCCUUUGCAGUUAGGCUUGGCAACGAGGCAUUGAUAAAGCAGAAGGUGAACGUCACUAAGGAUAGGUUCUACUCAAUCACAUUCAGCGCCGCCCGUACUUGCGCCCAGGAGGAGAAGCUGAAAGUGUCGAUAUCACCCAACUCAAAGGGGGACGACAAUGGAGUCCUUCCAAUGCAAACGAUGUACAGCAACAGCGGGUGGGAUUCAUACGCUUGGGGGUUCCAGGCAGAUGCGGAGGAGGUGACUAUCUCGAUCCACAACCCCGGCGUGGAGGAGGAUCCUGCUUGUGGACCUCUUAUCGAUUCAGUUGCCUUGAAGGUUCUACGUCUUCCCAAGCGUACCGGAGACAACUUGUUGAAGAAUGGGGAUUUCGAGUAUGGCCCAUACAUCAUGCCAAAGACAUCGUGGGGGGUCCUAAUCCCACCCCACAUCGAGGAUAACCACAGCCCAUUGCUUGGGUGGAUCGUCGAGUCCCUCAAGGCCGUGAAGUAUGUAGACUCUCAACACUUUUUUGUCCCAACCGGCAAACGAGCUGUGGAGCUCGUAGCUGGAAAAGAGAGCGCCCUUGCACAAGUGGUCCGCACCAACCCUGGGAGAGUCUACGUCCUCUCUUUCGCUGUUGGGGAUGCAAAGAAUUCUUGCAAAGGGCAAUUGGCGGUGGAGGCCUACGCUGGGAAAGAGUCCACUAAGGUAUUCUACACUUCUAAGGGCACAGGCGGUUUCGGCCGAGCAAAGCUUCGGUUCAGGGCCAUCUCCACCCACACAAGGGUCAUGUUCCUCAGCUCGAUCUACACAAUGACGAGUGACAACACAGGCUCCCUCUGUGGACCCGUGAUUGAUGAUGUGAAGCUAGUCAGCGUUCGCAGCAGAAAACUGGCGUAGACUCGCACCUAGCUGAGCUAUGAAUUCAUUUUCCCCCUUCCCCUCUACGCUUCUUCCCCUCUAUGCAUAUCAAUUUCUUGUCGAGCGAGUGCCAAUUGAGUUUCUCCAAUCAUGUGCACUUAUCGUUCUUCAUCAACUAGAAACUGUUAGCAAUGCUGAAAUAAAAUGUAGAAAUGUGAUCAAUUGUCAUA